GAGGAGCUGGAACCAUGGCAGAAAAUCAGUGAUGUGAUUGAAGAUUCUGUUGUUGAGGAUUAUAAUUCAGUUGAUAAAACUGCUACGGAUGAAGUAGUGAAUCUAUGCACAUCUGUCUUGGCCGGUGAGUUUAAAGUGCUCCAGGACCUGUGGAAGCCUUACAAACCUCCUUGGAAGCAAUCUAAACGAAGUACUACACGCUCUUGGACAUGCUACUGCAGAAGGCUUGUCGUUCUCACUUAUGAAAGUCUACCAAAGCCUGAAAAAUAAAAUUGGGCAUACAACUGUGUCCCUCCUGGCCACAUUGAAAAGAACCUGCAGUUUCUGAGACCUUGUUUUAGAAACAGCAAAGGCUGGAAUCCUUCCGAUUGGAGACAGCACGCGCAGAGUUCAGAGAGCAGUGGGUUCGUGCUCAUUGGUUUUGAUCCUAAAGAAGAAAAUGGUCAAAGAUGGGCUGCUAGCCUUCAUGACAUCUCAGCAUCUCCAUCCUCUGCCUCGGUUUGAGGUUCUGUUCGCUGAUUGAAGCUCCCUCCCCCCAUGCUCUGGAAGUGGGAACUGGUGUCUCUUCUCCAGCAGUCCUCCUGCUGGCUAAAGAGAGGCAAGAUGCAGCGUGGGCCAGGCAGUUGUGUGGCUUGGAUCUGAACCUUCUGCUGUAGUCUUCUGUUACCCUGCUGUUUCUGCCUAGUGUAAUCUUCAUGGAAAACAUUUGGAUCAUAUACCCUGAGGGUUGCCAGGCAGGAGCCAGGCAGCAUCCAGACUGUCAGUGUAAAGCAUCUUCCAUUAAAAGAAGCUGUUUUGGCUGUGGGUCAGAACAUUUUGGCAUGCAGCAGGUCUUUUCCUGGAUUUACCCAGGAAAUGUUUGCUGUUUGGGUACAGCAGCCCUUUCCUCUUAACAGCAGCUUCAGUAAUGCUGGACUGGUUUGUAGCCCCGAAACAGCCUGGAUAAUAUGUCAGUCUCGUGUCAUACUGAGCUGCAAAUCUACAAUGGGAAGGUUCCCGUGGGCCUUCCUGUAUCGUGCCUGCCUCUGCCGACUUGGAAGCCCUUUAUCCUCAAGACAUGGAUUGUAGUAAUAGCGGGAUCGAGUAGUGCAUAAACACCAAUACAUGAAUGAGCUAAACUUUGUGAGGAAGAACGGUAUGGAGGAAGAGGGAAUUGAAGCCCAAAUAAGGAUCCUGCUCAUUUUCUGGAGUUGAGUUUGAAAUAUUUGUGGCCUGAUUUUUUUUUUUUUGUUUUCCCCUCCCCCAUGAUCUUCAGAAGAGGUAAUGCAUUUCAUACCUGCAGAUCGCUCGCCGUUGUAAGCUCCUCGCUGUCUUUAGACCUGGCCAGAUGUCACCUGUAACAGGCAUUUGGGAGAUGAAGAUGUGGUGAUCAGCAGAGUAAAAAGUAAUUUUUUUGUUAAACUGCUUAAGGGAAUAAGAGCCAGCUUUUUCCAGAUGAUAAUCAGCAGCCUUGGGCACCAAUCCCCCCUCUCUUCAAUGGUCCCUUGCUCCCAUCAGUUUUCCAUCAUUCACAGUGCAAGAGUCGGGCACGUGCAGACAUCACCUCGUUUCUGGCACAGCUUUGACUUGUUCCCUGACUGUCAUCCACGCUGUGUGCAAACUGAGGUGGAUUUCUGUGGAAAAGACAAUGUCUGGCUGUGAGUUAAAGUGGGCGUUGUCAGGGGGUGUCAGAGAAUUGUGACCAUCCGUCCAGGCCACUGAAGGGGAACAACGUCAGAAGUGUUUGUCGGUAGCAAAGGUUUGUUCUGCACUCUCUGAACCCAGUACCUUGGUGGUUGUAGACCAUUUCAUCCCAUCUUUCACUAGCAUGUUUAUUCACAGCCUCCUCCCUCAUCCAUUCUUCUAUUCCUUUUAAUUCCUUCCUCAUCUCUCAGGUGCCAGCAAGCACUGGCAGUAGAUGGGAGACUCUUCUGAUCUUUGUUUUGGUGUGACAUUGCUCCCCCAAGUUGCCAGAAGCAACUGGGGUUGAAUUCCCUCAUUCUGUGCAAAUACUGCAAGUCUGCUCUGGUUGGCAAGUGAGAGCUUGUGGAACUGAGAGUGCACGUGGGACAAAUGGGAUCUUGACUGAAGGACACAGCCAACUGCCAGGAAGCAUCUGCUGGGCUGGUGCAAGCUGAGGUGACCAGAAACUGAUGAACAUUUGUUACCCCUGUGGAUUUUCCUGGGGGUAGUCAGAGAUAACAGACAGCCCUUGGGCAACUGUGCAGAGAAGAAUGUCACAAGGAAAAAAGGCACCAGAAGAAGCAAAGUUUGCUUUGUUUAAAUGACUGAACAAUUCUACUUGUUGCAGCCUACCACCAAAAAAAACCCCAAAUCAUUGAGGCAGACCUCCAUUGUAGAAUGAUCUGCGCAGCUCGUGGUUCAUAGAACACUGGGAUACCCUUUUCAUCCGCAGCCGGCAACCCUCUUGUUCAGCAAAGUGGACAGCCGCUAAUCCUUACACAGAACCCGGCCUCGGGUCUGGGCACAAUGGUCACUCAGCCGGUAUUGCGACCUGUACAGAUCAUGCAGAAUGCCAAUCAUGUCACGAAUUCUCCGGUGACCAGCCAGCCCAUCUUCAUAACGACCCAGGGAUUUCCUGUGAGGAAUGUGCGGCCUGUACAAAACACAAUGAACCAAGUUGGAAUUGUUCUGAAUGUACAGCAAGGUCAAACAGUUAGACCCAUCACCCUCGUCCCAGCCCCAGGUACCCAGUUUGUUAAACCAACAGUUGGAGUUCCUCAGGUGUUCUCGCAAAUGGCCCAGGUGAGACCAGGUACAACCAUGCCGGUCCGACCCACCACCAACACUUUCACCACGGUCAUUCCGGCCACGCUUACCAUCAGGAGCACUGUACCACAGUCCCAGGCACAACAGCAAAGUAAGUCCACUCCCAGCACCUCCACAACUCCUACUGCAACGCAGCCAACACCACUUGGACAGUUAACUGUGCAGCAGCCAGGGCAGUCCAGUCAAGCUACUAACCCCAAAUUAGUGAGCAUUGCGAGCUUUGUGACUGUAAAGAGACCCGGAGUGACUGGUGAGAACAGCAAUGAGGUUGCUAAGCUAGUGAAUACCCUGAACACCGUUCCUUCGUUAGGACAGAGCCCUGGCCCACUGGUGGUUUCCAACAGCAGCCCCGUGCAUGGUUCCCAGAGGUCGAGUGUUUCAGAGUCGUCGUCAUCGUCGUCGUCAUUAAAAGUCAGUUCAUCUCCUAUUCCCACGUUUGAUCUGCAAGAUGGCGGCAGGAAGGUCUGCCCAAGAUGUGAUGCUCAGUUCCGAGUCACUGAAGCUUUAAGGGGACAUAUGUGUUACUGCUGCCCUGAAAUGGUUGAAUUCCUCAAGAAAAGAAAAUCUCUAGAAUCUGAACCAAAUAUUCAAUCUGCAAAGCCUCCAUCUCCAGAAAAAACUACAGCUGUUGCUUCACCACCCUCUUCUACUCCUAUCCCUGCACUGUCCCCACCUGCUAAAGCUCCAGAGCCAAGUGAAAACGUAGUUGACUCAUCCCAAAGCAAGCUCAUUAUGUUAGUAGAUGAUUUCUACUACGGCAGAGACGGUGGCAAAGUGAGCCAGCUACUGAACUUCCCCAAGGUUCCAACUUCCUUCAGGUGUCCACACUGCACCAAGAGGCUAAAGAACAACAUACGGUUUAUGAAUCACAUGAAGCACCACGUUGAACUGGAUCAGCAGAACGGAGAGGUAGAUGUCCACACCAUCUGCCAGCACUGCUACAGACAGUUCUCCACUCCCUUUCAGCUACAGUGUCACUUGGAGAAUGUCCACAGUCCCUACGAGUCAACAACAAAGUGCAAGAUUUGCGAAUGGGCGUUCGAGAGCGAGCCAAUGUUCCUACAGCACAUGAAGGACACCCACAAGCCUGGGGAGAUGCCCUAUGUUUGUCAGGUCUGUCAGUAUCGUUCAUCGCUCUACUCUGAAGUGGACAGCCAUUUCCGCAUGAUCCACGAAGACACGCGGCACCUGCUCUGUCCUUACUGUCUCAAAGUCUUUAAGAAUGGCAACGCUUUCCAACAGCACUUCAUGAGGCAUCAGAAGAAGAGUGUUUACCACUGCAACAAGUGUAGACUCCAGUUCCUGUUUGCCAAGGAUAAAAUUGAACACAAGCUGCAGCACCACAAAACUUUCCGAAAGCCCAAGCAAUUAGAAGGAUUGAAACCUGGAACCAAGGUUACAAUCAGGGCAUCUAGAGGACAGCCACGGACAGUGCCAAUAUCUUCAAAUGACAUGCCGCAGGGCACUGGACAGGAAACCACUCCGCUGUCAUCUUCUACCGAUCCCCAGCCCAUCUUCCUGUACCCGCCUGUCCAGAGGAACGUCCAGAAGAGAGCGGUCAAAAAAAUGAGCGUCCUGGGGAGGCAGACUUGUCUGGAGUGCAGCUUCGAAAUCCCCGACUUCCCAAACCACUUUCCCACCUAUGUGCACUGUUCGCUAUGUCGCUACAGCACUUGCUGCUCCAGAGCUUACGCCAACCACAUGAUCAACAACCACGUUCCUCGGAAGAGUCCAAAAUACUUGGCUUUGUUUAAAAACUAUACUGCCUGUGGUGUAAAGCUGUCCUGUUCCUCUUGCCUCUUUGUAACCUCUGAGGGUGAUGCAAUGGCCAAACAUCUGGUCUUCAACCCAUCGCAUGAGUUCAGUAACAUUAUUUUCCGAGGGCCUACUUGGAUAUCACAUUCCAGGCACAUUCAGCCCCAGGACAAAAGCAUGAAGAACACGUGCCCUACCUAUUCCCCAAGUAAAGCUGCUACUGUGAAAACAAAGUCUGUGUUGCCUGCGAAAGAUGACCUGGAGCCUGAGCUGGCCCCGGCAGCCUACAGCAGACCUCUGGCCUGCCAGGAGGAAGAGUGCUUAAACAUCGACGCUCAAGACGACGAGCAGCCGACGAAGGAGCCUGAGCCUGCAAGCAAAAAGGAGCAGCUGUCGGUCAAAAAGCUGCGCGUUGUACUGUUUGCGUUGUGCUGCAACACCGAACAGGCUGCCGAGCACUUCCGGAAUCCUCAGAGGCGGAUCAAGCGCUGGCUGCGAAGGUUUCAGGCUUUCCAAGAAGAGAACUUGGCGUCCCUGUCAGAGGGCAAGUACCUCAGCUUGGAGGCUGAAGAGAAACUGGCGGAAUGGGUCCUCACGCAGAGGGAGCAGCAGCUGCCCGUGAACGAGGAGACCCUCUUCCAGAAAGCCACCAAGAUUGGCCGGUCCCUCGAAGGUGGCUUCAAGAUCUCCUACGAGUGGGCGGUGAGGUUCAUGCUGCGGCACAACCUCAGCACGCACACCCGAAGGGCAGUGGCUCACCCCCUCCCCAAAGACGUAGAGGACAACGCCAGUUGCUUCAUUGAGUUUGUGCAGCGGCAAAUCCACACUCAAGACCUGCCCCUCUCCAUGAUCGCGGCCAUCGACGAAAUCUCGCUCUUCCUCGACGUGGAGGUGCUGAGCAGCGAUGACAGGAAGGAGAACGCUUUGCAGACGGUGGGAACCGGGGAGCCCUGGUGCGACAUUGUCCUCACGAUCCUCGCCGACGGCAGCGUUCUCCCAACGCUGGUCUUCUACAGGGGUCACGUACAGCAGCCCGCCAACGUGCCGGAAUCUAUCAUGUUGGAAGCGAAGGAGAAUGGAUACAGCGACGACGAAGUCAUGGAGCUGUGGUCGUCCAGAGUGUGGCAGAAGCACACAGAGUGUCAGAACAGCAAGGGCAUGCUCGUGCUGGAUUGUCACCGAACGCACCUAUCGGAAGAAGUACUUUCCUUGCUGAGUGCGUCCAGCACUCUGCCGGCUGUUGUCCCUGCUGGCUGCAGCUCCAAAAUCCAACCUCUAGAUGUUUGUAUAAAACGGACUGUGAAAAAUUUCUUGCAUAAAAAGUGGAAAGAGCAAGCCAAGGAAAUGGCGGACUCCACAUGCGACUCGGACAUUCUUCUCCAGCUGGUUUUAUGCUGGCUGGCAGAGGUCCUGGAGGUCAUCAGUGACUCUCCUGAACUCGUGCAGCAGUCCUUCCUGGUGGCCAGCGUGCUGCCCGGCCCCGACGGCACGGCCAACUCGCCCACGCGCAACGCCGACAUGCAGGAGGAGCUGAUCGCCUCUCUGGAGGAGCAGCUGAAGCUGAACGAGGAGCAGCAGGAGGCGGCGGCGGCGGCUGAGGCCCAGGAUCGGACCCAGGCCGAGGAAUCUGCAGACCCAGAAAUCCUCCAUCAGCUCUUCGAGGGGGAGAGCGAGACUGAAUCGUUUUACGGCUUUGAAGACGCUGAUUUGGAUCUGAUGGAAAUCUGAGCACUGGUCUGCGAAUCGCGAUCCGGAAAGGGUUGUUCUUUGAAUAAAUGUUGGCUGAGACCA